GCCCGUCAUAAAACUUACUAGUAUAAAAUGGUACCAAAAGGUCUCCAUUAUCAUUAGUUUAACCCUCGUUAUUGAAAUCCGGAAAAACAAAGGCAGAGAAUCGGCGAUGGCGUUGAACAACGGCUUGCGUUCGUGUGCAUCAAUUCUCUCCAAAACCGUGAAGAGAGAGUUCCACUCAACAGGUGUUAAGAGAAUGGGAGGUCAUGGACAUGAUGAACCUUUUUACCUUCACGCAAAGCACAUGUACAACUUGGACAGGAUGUCACACCAGAAGCUGAAGAUGACUGUUGGUGUCUGGUCUGCAGUCGCCAUUGGUGUUAUAGUCCCAGUUUAUGCAGUCAUCUUUCAGCAAAAGAAAACUGCUUCGGGCUAGAUCAUCAUGUUAUUGCGUCUCCACCACAAUAAUGUUGUCCCUGGAGUUUCCAUGUCUGAAGAUGAUGUGCUUGAACCUACUGAAUUAGAGCAUUAAAUAGCUUUCAGUUUGGGCUUUAGCUUUAGCCUGGUGUGGUUGCUUUUCUUGUUUCCGUUUGGCGACAAUGUUGCUAUGCCUGGUUCGUUAAUAAUAUUUUCUGAAUUUACUGAAACAUCAUCCUGAUUGAAAAUGUUGUGUCUGGUUUAAUAUCCACUUGUGAUUUUCUCUCUAA